ACCGGCGACCCGGCCCGUGGAGCCGGCGCGGGCGGGCUGCUGAGGUGGCUGUCGCCGGCUCCGAGCUGCGGCUUCCCUGGCCGAGCCCCCGAUGGAGGCCGAGGCCGCGGACGCUCCCCCGGGCGGGGUUGAGUCGGCGCUCAGCUGCUUCUCUUUCAACCAGGACUGCACAUCCCUAGCAAUUGGAACUAAAGCCGGGUAUAAGCUGUUUUCUCUGAGUUCUGUGGAGCAGCUGGAUCAAGUCCACGGAAGCAAUGAAAUCCCGGACGUCUACAUCGUGGAGCGCCUCUUCUCCAGCAGCCUGGUGGUGGUAGUCAGUCACACAAAACCACGGCAGAUGAACGUGUAUCACUUCAAGAAAGGCACAGAGAUCUGUAAUUACAGCUACUCCAGCAACAUCUUGUCCAUAAGGCUGAACCGGCAAAGGCUGCUGGUUUGCCUAGAAGAGUCCAUUUAUAUUCACAACAUUAAAGACAUGAAGCUGUUGAAGACCCUCCUGGAUAUUCCUGCAAACCCAACAGGUCUAUGUGCUCUCUCUAUCAACCAUUCCAAUUCUUACUUGGCCUAUCCUGGAAGCCUGACUUCAGGGGAGAUUGUGCUUUAUGAUGGAAACUCCCUGAAAACGGUCUGCACUAUUGCUGCCCAUGAGGGGACACUAGCUGCCAUCACCUUCAAUGCCUCAGGCUCCAAACUAGCAAGUGCGUCUGAAAAAGGCACAGUCAUCCGGGUGUUCUCUGUCCCUGAUGGGCAAAAGCUCUAUGAGUUCCGGAGAGGGAUGAAAAGGUAUGUGACAAUCAGCUCUCUAGUGUUCAGUAUGGACUCACAAUUCCUCUGCGCCUCCAGUAACACCGAGACGGUACACAUCUUCAAGCUGGAACAAGUCACCAACAGUCGACCAGAAGAGCCUUCGACCUGGAGUGGCUACAUGGGAAAGAUGUUCAUGGCUGCUACCAACUACCUCCCCACCCAGGUGUCAGACAUGAUGCAUCAGGACAGGGCUUUUGCCACCGCACGCUUGAACUUCUCCGGACAGAGGAACAUCUGUACCCUCUCAACGAUCCAGAAAUUGCCACGGCUGCUAGUUGCAUCAUCCAAUGGACACCUUUAUAUCUACAAUUUGGAUCCUCAGGAUGGAGGAGAGUGUGUCUUAAUCAAAACCCACAGCUUGCUUGGCUUAGGAACAACAGAAGAGAAUAAAGAAAAUGACCUCAGACCUUCCUUACCUCAGUCUUAUGCAGCAACCGUAGCCAGACCAAGUGCAUCUUCAGCCUCCACAGUGCCAGGUUAUUCCGAGGACGGCGGGGCGCUGCGAGGAGAAGUUAUUCCUGAACAUGAGUUUGCGACGGGACCAGUGUGUCUUGAUGAUGAGAAUGAGUUUCCUCCUAUAAUCUUGUGCCGUGGAAAUCAGAAGGGCAAAACGAAGCAAUCAUGAUGAGAAGCACACCUCAGAAAUCAGGACAUCCCCCCUAUCAGGUGGUUUUGGAGAAAACAAGGAAGGUGGAAGAAUGGAGUGCAAUUGUGUGAGCAGAAAGGGGGGACAGGAAUCCCAGGUGCUGCACUGCUUAAACCACAGGACCUGGUUAACUCCUCACCAAGCUUCCCGCGACCCUGGUUGCCAAUGGGCGCGGGAGACAUUGUAUACACGUCAUGCUAUUUAAAAUAUGUUCAAACCAUAGUGUAAAUGCUAAUUAACCAUAUUGGUAUAUAACCGGAAUUUUAUAUUAAAAGGGGCCUCCUUUUUAAAUAUAUGCCGUGUAAAAAAUGUACUUAUAGGAACAUCUCUUUGAAUUGUAUUUCUUGUAUAUUACAUACUUAGAGAGAGAGACUAUUUUAGCCAGGCAAAGUCUUUUUUGGCUGUGACUGGAAUAAAUCAUUUAUUACUUGGGAGUCCCAUUUUGGACACUAAUAAUAAAAUCAUGGCAAUGCA